AUAACAUCAAACCACUCAGCAUCAGUGGGAGCAAAGUAGAAUAGACGUGAUUACUGUUGACACCGGCAGUUUGAAAAAUGAAUGCUUAAAAUGGUGACAGCACGUGGAUGUGGAAAAUGAUUAAUCGAUUACACUGACUGAGGAACUCUGAAGGUGAAAAAUCUCUCAGGAGAGACAGUAAAUGCAAAGACUCGGCAGUCUGCCAUUUGAGCAAAGCAGCAGAUCCGGUCCAGAGGAUCAGUCUGGUGACGGUGGGGGACAGAUCUGUAGGGUUUCUUUACUGAAGGAGAUGAUGGGGAACAGCACAACAUUUAGGUUGCUGUUUUUGCUGUGCCACAUUCAGUGUUUGGCUGUUCUGGCAGCAGCAGGGAUCCAACCACGCUGCAGUCACAACUUCUCUAAGAAUGAAAACCUGAGAAACAAGAAUCUUGAGAACAACUCUAACAUGGGCUUUGAGCAGCUCUCCACCAUUGAGUUUCCACAAGUGUCUGGCGUUCUGAAACGCAUGAAGAGGGAGUGGGUUAUUCCACCAAUUGGCUUUCCAGAAAAUGACAGAGGUCCAUUCCCCAAGUACAUGGUGAAGAUUAAAUCUAGCAAUGAGGAAAAGGUGGCGAUAACCUACAAGAUCACUGGACCAGGGACUGAUCAGCCCCCUGAGGGUGUUUUUACCAUUGAUCGGCGAUCUGGGGUGCUGUACGUGACGCAGCCGCUGGACAGGGAGAAGAUAGCCAAAUACACCCUGUGGGCCCACGCAAUGAAUGAGGGCAAUAAGGCUGAGGAGCCCAUGGAGCUCAUUAUCAAUGUCAUUGACCAGAAUGACAAUGCUCCACAAUUCACUCAGAACCCUUUCUACGGCAAAGUGAGCGAAAGCGCUGCAGUUGGUGACCCUGUCAUAAAGGUAACAGCAGUGGAUAAAGAUGACCCACACACAAACAAUGCAAUAAUUAGGUAUCGGAUAAUCACUCAAAUGCCUCAGUGGCCCAAAGAGGAUAUGUUUAUGAUAAACCCAGUGAGUGGAAUGAUCAGUGUGGUGGCAGGUGGACUGGACAGAGAGACUCACCCAGAGUACAAGCUGACCAUUCAAGUUGCUGAUAUGGAGGGGGAGGGGCUAGCAGCCACCUGCACCGUGAUCAUUAGCAUCACUGACAACAACGAUAAUGCUCCACAAUUCACCGUCUCAUCUAUAUCCACAUCAGUCCCUGAGAAUGAAGUCGGAGUGGAGGUAAUAAGGCUAAGGGUCACUGACGAGGAUGAGGAUGGAUCUCCAAACGCCAACACUAAAUAUUCCAUAAUCAAAGGCAACAAGGGGGGAGAGUUCAACAUCACCACAGGUUCCAAUAAAAUGGAGGGAGUCAUCACCACAGCCAAGGAGCUGGAUUUUGAGAGCAUUCCCAUCUUUACUCUGCUGGUGGUAGUGAUGAACGAGGUGCCGUUUUCCUGGGCCGUGUCUACCUCAACAGCCACAGUCGAGGUAGCAGUUGUGGACAAGAACGAGCCUCCCGUUUUCAGUCCAGCGGAGAUCCACGUGAGGGUCUCAGAGGAUGUGAAAGUAGGGAGUUCUGUGGCCAUCCUCAGAGCGAAGGACCCAGACACAGCCAGGACACAGAGCGUUAGAUAUAAACUCGACAAAGACCUCGCCAGGUGGCUGAGUGUUGAUGAAGACACAGGAUUAGUCAAAGUUAAACACAGCAUGGACAGAGAAUCCCAUCAUGUUAAAGACGACAAAUACACAGUCCUAAUUUUGGGUUACGACAAUGACACUGUCCCAGCUACAGGGACGGGUACUCUGGUUGUGACUUUAUUGGAUGUGAAUGACCAUCAUCCUGUGAUCAAGCAGAGGAAAGCCCAUCUAUGCAACAAGGACCCUUUUCCCGCCCUGCUGGACAUAAUGGACCUAGACGGACCAGGUCAUGCUGGACCAUUCAUUGUGGAGCUUCAAGGAGAUCACAGGAUCAACUGGACUAUUAGCACCAAUUCCACAAACAAUGUGGCAGCCCUGGCCCCCAAACGGGAGCUCUCACCUGGAGACUAUCAUGUGCUCAUGCGUAUCUAUGAUGUUGGUGCGCUCCACCAAGACAGCACACUGGAUGUGGAGGUGUGCCAGUGUGAAGGGGCUUUUUCCACCUGCUUUAUCCCACACUCUGCCCCUCAGACGCAUGUUUCUUCUCUCGCAACCUCAGUCUUGGGAGCAGUUUUUUGUCUUCUGGUGCUGCUUCUGCUGCUGCUGCUGUUGUUACGAAGGAGGAGGAGGUCGGAGAAGGAUGCCCCCCUUCUUGAAGACAUACCCAGAGACAACAUAUUUCACUAUAAUGAGGAGGGAGGAGGUGAAGAAGACAAGGAGUAUGACCUGAGCCAGCUUCACAGAGGGCUGGAUAACCGUCCUGAGGUCCUCUGCACUGAUGUGUUUCCUACUGUUCAGAGUCGCCCUCGCUACCGCUUACAAAUCCAGGCCAAUGAGGAGAUUGGCAAGUAUAUUGAAGAUAACAUGCAUGCUGCCAACAACGACCCCACAGCUCCUCCUUAUGACUCUCUCCUGGUGUUUGACCAUGAAGGUGUUGGCUCUGAGGCAGGUUCGCUCAGUUCCAUUAACUCCUCAGAUCAGGAUGAGGAGCAGGACUAUCAGAGCCUGAAUCACUGGGGGCCACGUUUCAGCAGGUUGGCUGACCUGUACACAGGUGGGAUAGAGGAGGACAAUGAUGCAGAAACAUUGCCAGGAAAAACAGAAUGGGUCUGACUUGCUCACAUGAAUUUAGAGACCCUUAAAAUUUGCGUCCAUCUGCCCAGGGUCCACAGAGUCCUUAUGUGACUUCUCAGGAUCAACAUUUAUCCUGUGGUGUUCCUCAAGGCUCGAUCAUAGGUCCUCUCUCUGUGGCUACAUAAGUAGAUGAGAUCCUUUAUAUAGUACCUUUAAAUGUGAAUGACUCUGGUCUCAUCACUUUGAAAUGAUGUCUGAACAUUUGAUCCUGUUUUAUUUUCCCUUGCUUCUCUUUGAUAUAUUUUAUGAUUGUGCCUUUUAAUUUAAUUUUUUGAUUCCAUAUUGAUUGUUAAAACUAUUUGAGUGUGAGUUUUUGAGUUUUAAUUUCACUUCACAAAUAAAAUUGAAGAAUUGUUUUAUCAUAUAAAGAAAUAUGUAUUUUUGUUCUUGUCCUAUGUGA